CAUCUUCUAAUGACUACAUUGAGAAAUUAAGGAGAAACCGCGGGGGGAGAGAGAGAAAGGGAUAGGAAACCGAGAGAGAGAGAGAGAGAGAGGGCGCGACGAAGGGGGUCGGGAUUCUCGAAUCAGAGCAAAGCCGAGCAGGAACAGCCAUAAAGGCGUCUCCUUGUCUUCAAAUCUGCUCUAGGGUUUAUCUAAAUCUGUUCAUCGCCUCCUUGUUCGAUGCUAUUGACGUCGCGCAAUCAAAAGUUUGCUUUUUGAUUGGUCAACCCUGGCGUGUUUCAGGGCUAGGUGAUGGCUGACGCGCCUCGCGACCACCCGCGGAGCAGCAGCAUCGUUAGUCGGAUUCAGCAAGACGCCAGCUGGUACUGGAGUUCAUUGUCCGGGAGUCUAGGGUUAGGGUUUGGGAUUGAGUUAGAGAACGUGGCGAGGGAAGUAUGCUGAGCGUGCUAAGGGUUCACCUGCCGUCGGAGAUUCCCGUCGUAGGCUGCGAGAUAACGCCCUACGUUCUUCUGAGGCGUCCGGACAAUUCCAUUUCGAACGACGAUGUGCCUGAGUCGGCGCCCCUUGAUGGUUACUACAUGAGAUACAGGUGGUAUCGCAUUCAAAGCGAUAAAAAAAUUGCUAUGUGUAGCGUACACCCGACCGAACUGGCAACAUUGCAGUGCCUUGGUUGCCUCAAAUCUAAAAUACAUGUCUCCAAGAGUUAUCAUUGCUCGUCUAAGUGCUUCGCUGAUGCAUGGCAACAUCAUCGUGCUUUGCAUGAUCGUGCGAGUAAUUCCAUCAGCGAAAAUGGGGCUGAGGAGGACGAGUUAUUCGGACGAUUUAGUGGCGGAUCUACUGUUACUGGUAUAUCAGGUUCGACAUCUAGGGCUGCUACUCCAGUUCCAACUAAUGGUUCCGUGCCUUCGUUUCCGCUAUCAAUUUCAGAAAGGAGCGGUGGCGAAACAUGGUUUGAAGUUGGUCGUUCAAGAACAUAUACGCCGACAACUGAUGACAUUGGAAACACGCUAAAGUUUGAAUGUGUCGCCGUUAGUGUUGAGUCAAGCAAACCCGUUGGGACCCCGAGUUCGAUUAUGACUUCUCGUGUUAUUCCUGCUCCUUGUCCUAUUCCGCGACGCAUGAUCGAAGUGAGUGGAGCGGAUGUUCUCGGGCAUUUAGAAUCUGAUGGUCGAGGGACUUUUACUGUGCUCUCUUACAAUAUUCUGGCUGACUUGUAUGCGACAAGUGAUUCGUACAGCUAUUGCCCAUCCUGGGCGCUUUCUUGGCCUUAUCGGCGACAGAAUUUGCUACGGGAAAUCAUUGGUUACCAUGCCGACAUCAUAUGCCUUCAAGAAGUCCAAAGCAACCAUUUUGAAGAAUUUUUUUCUCCAGAACUCGACAAGCAUGGGUAUCAAGCUCUCUACAAGAAGAAAACCUCAGAGGUUUACAAUGGAAAUUCAAAUUCACUUGAUGGCUGUGCUACAUUUUUCCGCAGAGAUAGGUUUUCUCAUGUGAAGAAAUAUGAGGUUGAAUUUAAUAAAGCUGCACAAUCUCUGACUGAUGCUGUUAUUCCUGCUAACCAGAAGAAAGUUGCUUUGAGUCGAUUAAUCAAGGAUAAUAUUGCUUUGAUUGCAGUACUAGAAGACAAAUUUAGCAACCAUGGUGCUGAUGGCCCUGGGAGCAGACAACUUCUUUGUGUGGCUAAUACUCAUGUAAAUGUGCCUCAGGAACUCACAGACGUUAAGCUUUGGCAGGUUCACACUCUUUUAAAAGGAUUGGAAAAGAUAGCAGUUAGUGCUGACAUCCCAAUGUUGGUUUGUGGUGAUUUUAAUUCUGUUCCAGGCAGUGCACCUCAUGCUCUACUUGCGAUGGGCAAAGUGGACCAGUUACAUCCAGACUUGGCAAUCGAUCCCCUUGGGAUCUUACGCCCUGCGAGCAAGUUAAAUCAUCAACUUCCACUGGUUAGUGCAUACUCGUCAUUUGCGAGAAUGUUAAGUGUUGGUCCGAGUUUGGAGCAACAACGAAGGAGAAUGGACUCUACAACAAAUGAACCAUUAUUUACAAAUUGCUCUAGGGAUUUUAUUGGAACCCUUGAUUAUAUCUUUUACACAGCUGAUUCUUUGUCAGUAGAAUCAUUAUUGGAACUUUUGGAUGAGGAAAGCUUGCGGAAAGAUACGGCUCUUCCAUCUCCUGAAUGGUCGUCUGAUCAUAUAGCACUUUUAGCAGAAUUUCGAUGCAAGCCUAGAAUUAGACGGUGAUGAUUGAGGUCAUUUGCUGUUUGAAUUGUUGUUGCUACAGGAGAUAUAGCCAUGGUUGUUCUCAGAAAAAUUCCUCUUUUAUGUGGGGAAAAUGAUAUUUUCAAGGGAGGUAGAUCAUGCCCCUCCCCCCUUUCAUGUCCUCUCAGUCUUCCGGUUUUAAGGGGCUCAUUGAUCUAUUUGUACCAUUUUACCUAAUCUUAAAAAUUAUCCCUAAAAAAAAGCUAUGCUGAUUAAGUUUUCAGCUUUUUCACCUGCUUUGUUCAUCACUUGGUUUCUUAAUUAAAUUAAAUAGUUCUUUUUUUGCA